AUGGUUGAUGAUGCUUUGGUCCUUGAUUCUUUCGUCGGCAACAACAUGAUGUCUUCUUCACGAUCAUCAACAAGAAGGGUGGCAGUGAAUCAUCCGUUGAUGGUGAACGAUCGUGUUCCUGUUUCCAAUGUUAUCCCGCCAUGGUCGAUGCUAGAUCACACCAUUGUCUUUGACUCUAACUCUAUCGAUAAUAUGGGUCACCACCACCACCACCAAAACUCUAAUGUUACUCAAGUGAAUCGUGUCAAUCAUCAAAAAUUUCAACAACUUUUCACCGCCAAUGAACCAACAACAACAACAGGGUCUUCGGUGUGA